AUGAGCAUGACAAUGUCUUCACUACAACAACAGCGACGAGUUGUGGAACAGUUGCGCAAAGAGUCGGCACUGAAACGCGUCAACGUUUCCGUUGCCAUCGAAGACCUCAAGAAAUACAUAGCAGACCACGAGAACGAUGACUACCUUUUGGUGGGCUUUCACUCCCAGAAGGCGAACCCAUUCCGCGAGAAGAGCUCGUGUUCUCUCCUUUGAUCUCAAUUACUGUUGUCUUAAGUAUUAUUAGUCAAUGUUUUGUAACUAAAUAUAUAUAUAAUAAUAAUAUUAAUAAUAAUUAUAUCAUUUUUGAGUACAUGAGUACUGCCUAAGGCAGACAUACCGUUAAGUAAUACUAUUUACUCAUCGAUUCCGACACUAUAUAUACAUAUAUUAAUUAAUUAUCUAAAUAUCUAUAUAUCACUAAAUUGUUGACAUGUUUUCGGAGUUUUGUUUUCUAAAUACGACAGGUUUUGAGUAUUUGAUUGGGUUUUUACUUAUGAUUUUGGAAAUGAGUUAAUUUAAUGGUUCAUAUGAUAUAUUAAUUGAAUUAGAGCUCAAUGUUAUUACAUAAAAACAAAUGCAAAUAUCUAUCAACAAAAUGAUACUCUAUAUUAUAAAUUGAUUAUAAUUAUUGAUUCUAUAAUAUGAAGGUAUUUACCAAUAGACCA